UGGAGCUCGGAUUGGGAGCACGAUACGGAGAAGCUCAAUGGGUAAUAAUAUAACAUACGAAAUUGAGGAUGACGAUGAAUAUCUGAGCGAUGACAGCACAAUUAGCGGCAGGGGUGACGGUGAAUAUUUAAAUUUGGCAUUGGAGUCAAUGCUUCAGGAAAUUGUUAAUCAAGAAACAAACACGAUGCCUCCAGUUAUUAGAAAGAAACCAGACUUGAGAGUAUUCCGGCACACAAUGAUGUACAAAGAAAUAAAGGCGCUGAGUGGUCUUCCGGCGAACAGCAGACGACCCAAUGGAAGAUGGUGUCUAACGCGUGGAUUAAUGAAACGGGAAAACGGUCUGGCCGGACAUCCGAGCGGAUCGUUCACAUCCAGCCAGCACCGUCGUAUAGCAAAUUUCUUUGUGCCCAAUAAGAAAGUGGAUCGCUUAAUGUCACUAGACUCGAAAAUAUUCGUUUGUAAGUUUAACACGGAUGGAAGCCGCCUAAUCACUGCCUCCCAAGAUGACACUGUGCGCAUUUUUGACGCUUCCAGAGGAACGUACCAUCGGAUUAAGCGCCUUAAAGUGAGGGACGCUAAUUGGGACAUUUUAGACGUGGAUUUCAGUCCGUGUGGUCGCUUCUUUGCCUAUUCAACAUGGACCGAUUCGUUUCUUGUGCUUCCUGUGGAUAGCGAUGGCGGCAACGACUGUCAAAACUAUGCAUUGGGCGUGGAGAGGAAUGGUACUGGAAUGUUUUCGGUCCGUUUCUCACCUUGCGAUAACGGCCGAACACUAAUAGGCGGUUGCAACGACUCCAAUAUUUACGUCUGUGAUCGCGAAACCAACCACAUUCGAGCACUGCGUACUCAGCCAUCCUUUCCUGUAGACAUUAAUGCUGUCAGUUAUGUUUGUGACCAGGACCCUAACCUGAUCGUAAGUGGAUGUCACAAUGGCAUUCUUAAGCUAUGGGACUUGAGAUGUUGCGGUGGUUAUGACCACCGGCCAGCAAAAUGUCAAAGCAUAUUUUUAGGACAUUUCGAUGGGAUAACCUAUAUUGAUCCCAGAAAUGACGGCAAUUAUGUAUUAAGCAAUUCACGGGACCAAAGCAUAAAAAUAUGGGAUUUGCGUCAGCCCACACCUUCCAAUAAAAUAAGGAAACACCCCAGCACUCCGCUUGUAGAGUGGGACUAUCGUUUCAGCCAAGUGCCCAGAGAAUACUACAAUCCGACAAAGCCCCUGGAUGGCGAUGUAAGUGUUAUGACAUAUCGGGGACACAAAGUCACAAAAACUUUGUUAAGGGCAAGAUUCUCACCGGCAGUACAAACCGGCCAACGUUAUAUAUACACAGGCUGCAGCACAGGAAGGAUUAUAAUCUACGAUGUCCUUACUGGACAAAUUAAGGAGGCAGUAGAAAGUCACCGAAAUGUUAUAAGGGACUUGCACUGGCAUCCAAUUCGUGGAGAAUUAGUUUCAUCAUCGUUUGAUGCUCACGUGAAUCUGAUCAUGUACAAAAAUAAUCCAAAUAUUAGACCAGAAACCGAAAAUGUACAAAGGCCGUUGCGAAGAUCUCGCCGUAUAGCCCAUCGUAAGGGGGAAAUGGAUGAUGAAGGCGAAGAUGAUGAUGACGAGGUUGACUUCUAAA